AUGCCGCCACGAGGAAAGUUAGAGGGAUUGGUUACGAACGUUGCCGCACCGGCGUUCUCAUUCCAGGAUGAAAAAUUUAUUGAGCAGUUGUUACAAUCUAUUGCGGAGCGAGAUGGAGCAUCACUUCUGGUGUCGACAGCAAGAGCAUUGGGAGCCGAAGACUAUCUGAUUGACCUCAAACAUCAAAUUAUCCUGGAUUCAAGACUAGAUUUUCUUCGCUUUUGUGCGGAUCAGAAGUACGGGCCCUCCCAAAUUGUACACCUGAUCAAAUGGAUGAAUCAGUUUCAACUUGUUGUGGAGAAAGGAUGUGAUAUGGAGGAGAUGCGAAAGGAGUUGACGAAUUUUGUCUCUUCCGAAAUUGAAGAAGGUUGGAAGUGGCGGCAAACACCUCCUAUUGAUGAAAAUGCGGCCGAACAGCCUCCUCCUUCUAAGAGUGCGAGCAAGAAAGCUGCACGGGCCACAGAUAAGGUGGCCGUUGAGGAAGUGGAAGCUACUACUUUACUCCCUCGUGAAAAUAUGUACUUGACAAAAGAAAGUAUAGGGCCGUUUUGCAUAUACCUUUUUCAAGGGAUCAUUCAGCAUGCAUCGUUACAUGUAUACGUUGCUAGACACCAACAGGAAACGAGAGUGUCGAAUGAUUUUUCUAUUUUUGUGGAACUCCCGGUGCCUGCUCCUCCGUUACGCCUUCCCAUCACGCAGGAGGCGGCUUCAAAGGAGGUAUAUCCUUCACAUAUGGAUGUAAUGAAGGGGUUGCGUGAAACAGAGCUGGCAUCACUAGUAAAUGAAUACGAAGAGACAAAAGCCAAGGAAGAAUUGUGGGAGAAAACAAAAAAAACGGAAGAGGAAAUGCAGAUUCUCAUUGAAAAUGAGGGUACUAAAAGGGCAGUUGAAGAUACCUAUGAGAGACUGGAAGCUGAUCUGACACAGAGACAGAGACGAAUUUUACAGCGCAUUACAGCCCUAGAGAAAAAAAUAGGCAUCGAUUCUUCUCUAUAA